CUAAGUGAUCUUAGCAGUGACACUUUAUCUAAUGAAUGUAUGUAGUCUGAAAAUGUUUGAGUUUUUCUCCAUUUCCUCUUUUAUCCUAUACUUCCAAUCAGCUACUGAAUACCUUUCUUUUCCCCUAAUUAACAAUUACCCUAAAAUUGAUUACCUCUCACUGAUUGUACCUUCUCCAAUAGAGUUCUAAUCUUUGUUUUUCCCCAAGUCCCCCUACCCCCUUACCCACACACAUACCCAUUUACCCAGUCUUCAAUUCCCCACUCAGUAGAAAAAGAAACAUGAUGUUGGGAUCAAGUCAUAUCUUCCUCUCCAAACAAAGCAAUAAAAUCCCAUUAGAUGUCUCCAAAGAAAUACAUCUUAACAAAAUGAAGAAAAUCUGUUCUGACUAACUAGUCUUCAAGCACUGAAGGACAUAUAAUUAAACAUGGCAACACAUUGUACCAGCUGGAGGGCAGCAUACUCAGUCCUUUAAGCCUGUUGUACAUCACUGUUCUAACUCCCCAUGUCUCCCAAAUGCAAUGCCCUGGGCUGCAAUGUCAGAGUUUCUUUAAUGGUUAGAUGAAGUCACUUGCCUAUAACUGCACUGGUACCUAAGCCAUUUAUUUGUUACCCUAUGCAUGUUACUCUGUAUUAUAAUUAUCUCUUCCUCAUUAUUUUCUGGCCAAAUUACCAAAUUGUAAGCUUCUCUACUGCACACAGUUAUGACCAAUGUAAUAUUGUUGCUGCACAUCCCCAAUUCAUUGUUCUCUGUUGCCAAUGAUACGGAAAAAUGAACUUUCUACCUCUGUAUCACAAUUUAAAAAUUCCUGGAAAGCAUGAAGUAUGAUUGGGCUAUGAUAAAGUGUACAUUCUUUGACCAUUUGUGGCUGGAGGAAAAGUGGCAUGGUGUAAAUAUAAGCUAGCAGCUAAGGACUCCAGAGAAAAAAGACUGUAGAGCUGAGAAAAAUGUUUUGAAAACAGAAACCUAUUACAACAGCUGAUAUCACAUAACUUUUUCUAUCAGUUUAAAUGAGCCACUUGUAUUUUCAUAUAUUGCAUAGAUAUUCAUCUUUGGUCAGUUUUCUGAAGAAUACAACUAAUGUCAUUGGCUUAACUCACAAACAAAAAUAGCUUUUUGUUUCAGACUUUCAUCUUAUUCUGUAUUUUUAAUCCAGCAUUUCAACUUUCCAGAAUAUCACAACCUCUUCCAUCAUUUUCCUGCUGACGGGGGUCCCUGGGCUGGAAGCUUUCCACAGCUGGAUCUCCAUUCCCUUCUGCUUCCUCUAUGUCACUGCCCUCUCAGGAAACAGCCUGAUUCUCUUCGCAAUCAUCACUCAGCCCAGCCUCCACGAACCUAUGUAUUAUUUCCUCUCCAUGCUGUCCACCACGGACCUCGGGCUGUCCAUGUCCACUCUGGUCACAAUGUUGGGUAUAUUUUGGUUCAAUGCCAGGGAGAUCACCUUUAAUGCCUGCUUAUUUCAGAUGUUCUUUAUUAAGCUCUUCACUGUCAUGGAAUCUUCAGUACUGUUGACUAUGGCUUUUGAUCGUUUUGUGGCCAUCUCUAAUCCCCUUAGAUAUGCCACCAUUUUAACUGACUCCAGAAUAGUGCAGAUUGGAGUGGCAAUUGUUAUCAGAGGUACCCUAAUGCUGACACCAAUGGUAGCACUUCUUAAAAGACUAUCCUACUGCAGUAGCCAUGUGCUUCACCACUCCUACUGUUACCACCCUGAUGUAAUGAAGCUCUCCUGCACAGACACCAGGAUCAACAGUGCUGUCGGGUUGACUGCCAUGAUCUCCACUGUUGGUGUGGACUCAGUCCUCAUUCUCCUUUCUUAUGUUUUGAUCAUUAAGACCAUCCUCAGCAUUGCAUCCCCAGAAGAGAGGAAGAAAGCCUUCAGCACAUGUAUCUCCCAUAUUGGGGCUGUUGCUAUAUUUUAUAUCCCAUUGAUCAGUCUGUCCUUUGUUCACAGAUUUGGACAGCAAGCCCCAGCCUAUGUACAUACUAUGAUUGCUAACACCUACCUGCUCAUCCCUCCUGUAAUGAACCCCAUCAUCUACAGUGUGAAAACCAAACAGAUACGCAGAGCUGUGAUAAAAAUUCUCAACUCCAAAGAAGCAUAGGAUUGUUGACUUCUAGAACUAGGGAACAUUUAAAUUUGCCUCCUCAAGGUCUUGUUAUAAAUUUAAAAAAAUAAGUACCCAUUGAAGCUAUGUAUUCAAUCAUUUCAUGUUAAAGCAGGAAUAGACCUAGCUCAUUAACUCAUUUGAUCCCUUUAUUUAACAAAUGAGGGGGCAGAGGGAUGAACUGCCUAAAGCCCGCAUCAUCACUGGUUUGUUCUAAACUUUACUCACUUAUGAUGCCUGCGAUAGCCUCUCUGUUCUUAACUCAACCACCUCAAA